AUGGAAAUAACUAAACAGAAUUUUGCAGAACAGAUUGAUAACAUUACUGAAGAUUUAAAACGUUCUUGCUUUAUUGGUUUUGACGCCGAAUUCACAGCGAUUUUAAGCGGAGAUAAUUUUCAGAAUAGUUUGUUUGACACCAAUGAAGACCGCUACAAUAAAAUGAAAACAGCAGUUAGUAAGAUGGUAAUGACCCAAAUUGGCCUUACAAUGUUUCAAUAUGAUAGAGACAUUGAUACAUAUGUAGCAGUGGGCUACACAUUCCAUCUCUGUCCUCAAGUUGUUGCAGACAUAGACCAGUCUUUUAUUUUUCAAGCAUCUACCCUCAAAUUUCUUUGUAAACAUAAUUUUGAUUUCAACAAGUUCACAUAUGAGGGUCUCCCAUACCUUAGCAAAACAGAAGAUGCCAAAAUACGACAACAUUUAAAAGACAAUACACUAUUUCAAAAUCUCACCCACACACUAGACAUUGACGAUGAGAAGUUACUACAAACCUACUGCUCUGAUGUAUCCAAGUGGCUGACUACUAGUGAUGAAGAUACAAUGUACAUAGAUGUUAAGUCUUCUGUUCUUAGAUACCUUGUCCAUAAUGAAGUUAGGAAUAGAUUUCCAAAUGUACUCACCACUGAUAGCCUAGGUAAUAGCAAUAAGGUUCUAAUAUACAGAGAUAAAUAUGUAGAAGGUGCAGUAAGUGCCCCGACAGCAAUUUUAGAAGAGAAUUUGAUUAACAGUCUUUUAGGAUUUUCACAAAUAAUAUACUUACUGGAAGCAUAUAACAAGCCAAUAGUUGGUCACAAUAUGUUCUUGGAUAUUAUAUUACUGCACAAUCAGUUUAUAGGACCUUUACCGGAGAAGUAUAUAACAUUCAAGAAGAAUAUAAAUCAAAUAUUUCCAGUUAUUUAUGAUACCAAAUAUAUUUCCCAUGAAAUGUCUAAGAGAUUAUCCUUUGAUGAAGUUUGGAAAUCAAAUGCACUGAAAGACUUGUAUGAAUUUUUUGCUGAAGGGAAAUGUAAGAAAUUGGAACAAGGUAUAAAUCCUAUUAGACUGAGUACUCCGUUUGAUGUAAAACAAUCGUAUCAUGAAGCCGGUUGGGACUCAUUUUGUUCUGGUUACUGUUUCGUGCGACUCGGUCACUGGGCAGCGUGCGAGUCAAGCGGCAAGUAUAGGCCGGUGGGGCCCACAGAGACCCUCUCCGGCCUAUCCAGCUACCGGAACAGAGUCAACGUCAUACGAGCAUCCGUACCUUACAUGAAUUUAGUCGGUGAAGACCCCACAAGCCACCGUCCACAAUUACUGCACAUCAAAUCUUUAAAUGAACAAGUUAUCAACAUCAGCAAGGUGGUGACGGCACUCGCAGGAAUCGGCUCUAUAGACAUAAAGCCCUACGGUAGCCGGGCCGCCCUCUUAGCAGCUGCUACACAAGUCACCGCAGAAAGAAUACUGAAACAAUACAGAAACAGUCGAGAGUAUAGAAUAUCUGUGUACAGCCCGUAUCAGCACAGCGUGGCAAGUCGUAUGGCUCUCUGGGGUGGAGCCUUGCUUACUGGUAGUCUUCUCAUUUACUUUCUACGUAGUAAUAUAAAAACUAAAACCAAUUUAUCAUAUUAG